GGGCCUCGCGGCAGGGGCGGAUCGGGUUGGGGACCUAGCUGCCACCUCCCGCCGCUCCCGCCGCGCAGUGCUCUUCCCGGAGCAAGUCCUCGUCGCUGAGCUUCUGGGACAGCGGUUCAAGCAGCGAUGGCACCGCCCUGCCUGCCCGCCGUGGGCUUCACACUGGCACCCAGCCUGGGGGGCUUUGUGAGCUCCUACUACGUCCGUGGAGAGGGCCUCCGCUGGUAUGCCAGCCUGCAGAAGCCCUCGUGGCACCCACCCCGCUGGACGCUGGGCCCCAUCUGGGGCACACUGUACUCGGCCAUGGGAUAUGGCUCCUACCUGGUCUGGAAAGAGCUGGGGGGCUUCUCGGAGGAGGCCGUGGUUCCCCUGGGCCUCUACGCCGGGCAGCUGACCCUGAACUGGGCAUGGCCUCCCAUCUUCUUCGGUGCCCGACAGAUGGGCUGGGCCCUGGUGGACCUGCUGAUGAUAGGCGGGUUGGCAGCAGCCACCACCGUGGCCUGGUACAAGGUGAGCCCCCCUGCCGCCCGCUUGCUCUACCCGUACCUGGCCUGGCUGGCCUUUGCGUCUGUGCUCAACUAUUGCGUCUGGCGGGACAACUACGGCCGGCGUGGCGGCCGGAGGCUAGGGGAAUGAAGUGCCCUCCCUCCGAGGACCGUGGCUGCUGCCAAGCAGGCCUUGCUGGUGGUGGCGGCCCUCGGGCUUUUGUGGCCACCAAACCUGUGAGUUUGUCUGGGCCCCAGACCAGAGCUGGGAGCUGUCCCGGGCGGAGCCGCACCCUAGAAGCAGCGCCCUGCACUUCCUGCACUGCUUGGGGCGUGGCCUCGGCCUGCAGCGUUUUAUUAACCAAAUAAAGCUUUUAAUCUGG